GCUCCAUCAUGAGACCAAAGGUGUAAAGAAAGCAUCGGGCCUCUGAGCAUGUGCAGAGAGUAAGCAGCGCUAGUAGCACUGUGCAAGCACCCGGGUAGGGGACACUCAGGUCCUCCGAGGUGCCCCCGUCGCCGAUCCUCAUUUUCCUUUGGAGAGCCGCUAAUCCCCGAGCUCCGCCUUGCCCUGCCCAGAUGAUGCUCCUCCCUGGAGAGCCGGGCUGCGGCGGGGCGAGGCUUGCCGGCCGAGGCUCCUCCGCCUUCCCUUCGCGGGGGCUCCGCCCGAUCUGACGUGGCAGCGGCUCCAGCAAGCCGGAGGCCGCCGCGUCCGGAGCGCAGAGCGCACAGCCAAGAGCGCAGAGCGCAGCGCGCGUCGCUGGAGUGAAGGUGCCCGAUGGCACGUCCGCGCUUCGUGCUGCUGGUGGCGCUGGUGGUGCUCUCGGGAUCAGGGCUGCUCCGCGGCUACGAGCCGGACUGGCGCCGCCUGGAGGGCCUGGCGAGAGGGAAAGUGGAGAGCUGUGGGGGAUGACGGCUGAACCGCCUGCCAGAGGCGAAGGCCUUCAUCAAUGAGGACUUGCCUCUGUACCACAACCUUGACAUGAAGCACCUCGCUGGAGCAGACCCCGAACUCAUCCUGUUGAACUCGCACUACAGAGAGCUGGAGAGAAUUCCACUGAGCGAUAUGUCCCGCAAAGAAAUCAACGAGUUGGUGCAGAAGCUGGGCUUCUACCGGAAGGAGAAACCCGACUCGCCUGUCCCCAAAGAGUUCCAGCUUGCUCCUGCCCGGCCGCCCCCUGGUUCAGAAGGCGUCAAGGGAGAGCGUGCAGCAGAGAGCAAAGGGGCUGCGAGUGGAGAACUCUAGAUCUGUUGUGCUCUUAAAAACCUCAGGGGUGUCUUGUGUGCGAGUGUGUGCAAGGGUUGACAGCGUGGCUCAUGUUUUAAUACAUCCGCAAGCAUAGCUGUACCAGUGGGUGUGCAUGGUAGGAUAUGUUGUUAGUAUAUGCAGGGUUGUGUGUGCACACCUGCCAGAGGAGAGCCAAGGAAUGUGGCCUGGGCUGUAGAAUCAAUCCUUUUUUAAAAAAGAAAAAAGAAAACACAAGUUUCUAGACCUCAUGGUUGGAAAGGUGUACUUGAAAGCGUCUGGGCAGUGCCUGCUGAUAUCCUGAGAGGCCUGAAGAGGGUUGCACUAAAUGACUCUUUAGGUCCCUUUCAAAUCUACAAUUCUAUGAAGAUUUGCAGCGGUCUUGAGUGCGGAGGUCUGCUCCUCAACCCCCCAAAAUAGCAAGAUACGUAUAUGCAAAAAAUGAAUGUGCCACAUUCGCAGGAUAUGCAACCAAAUGCAACGUCCCCUUGUUGCAGAAAUUUGGAUUUCAUUCUUUAAUUUGUUCUAGAGUAAAGGGCACACACUGCCCUGUCUGUGGAACGUGAGUAAAAAGUGGUGUGGAAGAAGCUGUGAUCUAGGGUGUGGAUUCGGGGGGAAAGUGUGCUCUCCCCACUGCCUGGGGAAACAGAGCCAGACCUCCUGGACCAGAUCACCUUGAGUCCCACCUUGGUCUGCGCACCAUUUCUGUCUAGAUUCAUUCGAUCAUGCAUAGCCCAGUUGGAAAGCCUCUUUGUAUAGCUCAGCAACCGGGAACCUGUGGCCUUCCAGGUGUUGCUGGAUUCCUCUCCCCUCUCCCCCCCAACAAAGUUUUAGUUUUGCUGACUGAGAGGAGCUGGAGACCACCAACAUCCCAAGGGGGCCACAGGUUCUUCCCUCCUGCUUUCGGUUCAGACCACACUCCCUAGCUGCUGUUCCUUGCUCCGGGCCAUAAGCAAGCCUUCGUGUUUUUCUGCAGCUGUGCCCCGUCUGCAUGAGACAGGAUGAUACCCUCGGCCGAAAGCUCUUGGUGCCCAGGGUGGAUAGUCAGUGUCCCAUCAGGCUUCGGAGCACAGCGUGCUAAGGAACACGAGCUCAGUCACCCACCCUGCAAACAACAACAACCCUCUUGCAGUUGUGCCUAGAAACAGUAAAGUCUUUUACAUCCAC